CAUCAUUCGAAAUUGUAGUUUCUGUUAUGCCGCAGAUUCAAAUGUUGCGGAACGGAGAUUGAUAUUAGAUGAGGAUUUUUCUACUUCGGUCUUUAAAGACAAUUGCUUUUUAGUUAAUGAUGCAGCAUAAAGAUGCAGAGAGGUAGAAAGUCUCUAGUUGCCAAAUCAAAACUUUCAUACUGUUGUGAAUGGAAAGACUGCUCCAGCUCCUUUGAUGACAAAAAUUCACUCAAACGUCACCAGCUACAACACUUCGAAGUAUUAUGUGAACAAGUGUCACAGUGUAUAUGCCAUCCUAUCUGUGGAAUAUGUGAUUCUCCUAUAAAUGUAUCUGAUCCGGAUGAGAUUGAAAGGCACUCGUAUUUUCAUUCUUGGGUCAAUCAUCUGAAAGUGGUUGGAAAGCAUUCCUCGUCAAUUAAUGAUUGGCCAUCUUGUAUGUGUGAUUCAAAGUCAUGUAAUUCAAUACCUGAACUUCCAACUAAAUUUGAGUGUGGUUGGGAGUACUGUGAUUUUAAAACCAACGAUGUUUCCAUAUUUAUUGAUCAUGUUUCAAAGCAUUCAGAGGAAUAUAAUGAUUCUCGUUAUCCGAAGGGUGUAGGAUUGAAAUGUUUAUGGGAGGAUUGUACAUAUGUAGCCCGUCGUUUAAAAAAUCUUACCGGUCAUUUGGAUACGCAUACUCAAAAUAAACGUGCAGCCUGUCCUACAUGUGGUCUGUUAGUUGUUAAUUUUCGAAAGUUAGAAGACCAUCUUAAACGUCAACAAGUCCAUUUGUUAAGAAAGAAUGCUAACGUGAAUAUACAUCAUUCAGUUAAACCUGUAAAGUGCAAUCGGUGUCAAAGACUGUUUAGUACACAGAGAUUAUUGGCUACGCAUAUGAAAAGGCAUAUUAAUACAAUGAAAUGUCCCUAUUGUGAUAUGACUGCCUUAGGCAAAUCAGCUCUGGAACGUCAUAUUUUAUUUCGUCAUACUAAUGAAAAAUCAUUCCCCUGCCCUUAUUGUCCUUUAGCAUUCAAAGUUGCCGAUAUUCUAGAAAGGCAUCUAAAGGCUAAACAUAAUAAGAUGGAUGAAUCAGAAGAGGACAAUAAUGUAACACUAACUGAUUCAUCAAUCCAAAUAGUCAAUAAUCCCAUCGAUUUAAACGGUAAGAAUUAUCUUCUCAUUUUUUAUUUUUGUGUGCUUCGGUAGCACAGCGGGGUAGAAUGGUCGCCAACCACGCCCCAUGUGGUCCGGAGUUCGAUCUCCGGUCGCAGACGCACUCCUUUAUUUCUCACUAAGCCAGUAAUAAGACUGGUAAAGAGGAAAGGUUUGGCGUGAGGCUAACAACCUUUCCCCGUAAAAAAACACUACUGCUACCGAAACUUCAGAGCUGUAGCUUAAAGCCCUAUAUGUUCCACUAGGAACGUACAAGAAUAAAAUUUUUCUCUAAAUAAAAACUAUUUUUGUGUGUUUAUAUUUUCAAGCUAUAUUCAGCUGUGUAGCGCUUGACUUUUUUUUCAAAAUGUUAUGUAGUGUUCUCUUUUUUUAUUUUGUUUUGUUUUUAAUUUUUACUCAGAAAAAUCUGAGUGUUUAAAAACAACGUCGAUUAAUUGAAUCAACGUUGAUCGAAAUGUUCAGCCUCUUGACCCAAGUGUAUUAGUGGAUAUUUUUGCGACUCUUUUAACAGUUUGCAUGUAAACUGGGCAGAGAUGUACUUUAGAUGCUACUGCUGGAUUGCAUCAUAAUAUUGUUUCCUGUCUAGAGAAAAGAGCCAAACAUUGUAUCGAAUGCUAAUAGCUGAUUGGUCUACGAGGUUCCCCUUGUCAGCAGGGAGGUCCUGGGUUCGAACCCUGGCUGUGGAAGGAUGGAUGCUGAUGAAGAGUCCCUAAAUUGAGGGAACGAAACAGUUAUCCAGUACUGCAUGCUGAUUUUCUAACAGUUCCCUUAUUGAUUUCAGUUCAUGAUCAAACUUGAUUUACCAAAUGCUUUGUAGGGAAAAUACCUCUCAUCAGUUAGAUGUCAAUUUUUAUUCAGAACUGCCAGAAUUGUGUAUUGUGUCAUCGUCUGUCUGUCUGUCUGUUUUCGACAUAGAACUUCGCACAAAUGUGCGGAAGUUCAAGUCGCCACACUCCGUGUAGCACGCGAAACAAGAGAAGAAAGUACAAGAAAAGCAUAAUCGAAACAGUGAGCAGAGGUGUGAGACAAAGGAGGAGUAAUAACGAAGAACAAAACAGUUUCAUUGGUAAUCAUAAGUCACAAGGAGUGGAUGAAUCUGCACCAGCCACUGAGAACGGUUUUGAGCCAUGUCACCAAUUGUUUCCAACCAUUGAU